GCGGCAGCGGCAGCAGCAGCCGCCGCCGCCGUCGCUGCCGUCGUCUCAGCAGCCGCGGUCUAGCCGCGACGACGGCAUAUUCUGUCCGUCAUGCGGCCGACGUCGGCGUGAGGAGAUCUCAUGGAUGAUCGAGGAUCUGGACGCCAUCGAGCCAGCGCCGCUUGAAUCGCAGAGAACGCCGACGAAGCUCUGCAGCUGCGAGGAAGUCGACGUGGCCGGUACCAGAGAGCGCGGUGACCGGCUUCGGAAGAUUCGCAGUACCGAAGUAAGAUGGGCCACCAGCAGCUUCCUGUCGCCCGACGACGCGAUCUGGGACUUGAGGAGACGUACCAGCGAGGGUACAGAAUUCCGCUGGGAGCUCCACACCUCGAGCACCGACCUGGAUCUUGCGAAGAAAACGAGAUGCAGCUGCCACAGUCUGACCCCGGAGGAGAAGAAGCCGGAGGGUGCGCAGCGCGGCGAUCUCAGGAAGCACCACAGCGCGGAGACGGACAAGUGGUCGGACAGACCGGGCUACCUGCUGACGCCGAUGCACGACCUAAGGAAGCACAGCAGCGACGACACGAGAUUCGCGAGAGAGGCCAGGUGGCUGCAGGUGCCGGACGUGAUGCCGAAUCCGAAACCGAGGUGUACCUGUCCCAAGGUGAGGACACCGGCACCGGAGUCACCCGUGCCGGCGCCGACGCCGGCGCCGGCGCCGGCGCCGGCGUCGGCGCCGGAACAAAAGGUCCUCGUCGAGGAGCAACCGGCGGCGCCGGCGGAAAAACUGCCGACGGCGGCGCAGAAAGAGGAGAGAAGACUGUACUACUCCAAGUCACUGACGCCCGAGGAGUCGGCCGCGCCGUGGGAGAAGCCAGAGAUGAAGAGGCAAGCCAGCGAGCAGCCGAAACCCAUCAGAAUCGAGAAGCCCAGGGAGAGACCCAGGCUAGAGCGUUCCGCUCAAGUGAGGAGCGAGAGCUCGAGGAAGUGGGGCCUCAAGGAGAAGGAGAAGAUCGUCAGCCCUCAGGUGGAGAGUAAGAAGCCGAUACGGGCGAGAUGGGCGAUGAAGCCGCACGUUUCUCUGCCGGCCGAGAAGAAGGCGCCGAAAUGGUAUCGCAGUCAAGACGAGACGAAGAGCAAGAGCUUACGCGAGCGGCCCAAAUACAGCAUACGCAGGAGCAUGUCGCCGGAGCCGGAUCCGCGGCAGAUGAAUAAGCUGGAGAACAGGAUCGUGCGACGGCUAAUCUCGCCGGAGAUCACCAUCACGAGCACCAGGUGGGCACCAUACGAGGACUCGUCGCCGUUACCGACCAUCGGGAUCAAGAAGCGCGAGCAGAAGCACAUCAGCGAGAUCAAAUGGACGCCGUAUGACGAGUCACCGAGCGACAUCCCGGUCGAAGUGAUCGACGACAAAAAAUGGUCGCCCUUCCAGAACGUCACGCCUACGCACUGCCCGCCACCGGACGCGACACCCUGCAAGAGCGACGACGAGCAGUUCCGAUGGAGGAUGCUCAAUCAGGUGGCGCCGUUUCCGCUCUACCAGGGUGGCUGGAGAGACGAGUCGCCGGAGAAGACGCCGCCGAAAAGGGUCACCACGCUCGAGGAUCUGUCGCCGCCGGUGUGGUCGCCGAUGGUGCCCGCUACGCCUACCAGCAAGCGAAAGAGCGUCGUGCCGCAGCCAGAAUCGCCGUCGCGGUAUUCACCGUCGUCGGAGCGCAGACCAAGCAAGUCUCGGCUCACCAGGAAGGGUGCGUUCAGGGCGAAGUCCAUGGCGCCCACCACUCAUCCCUUGGAGGACAGACUGCCGCAGGUGACGACGACGACGGCUCUGGCGCAGCAGCAGCAGCAGCAGCAGCAGCAGCAGCAGCCGCCGCCGCCGCCGCCGCCGCCGCCGGUGAUUGUACGCGCCGCCAGUGAGGAGCCCAGGCGACAAAGGCCCCAGCUGAUGAGAUCCAAGGCUCUGCUGGAGGUACCGGUGCCGAUCGACUCUACCAAGAGAUCGCUGAGCGAAGAGGGACCCCGUAUGCGACCUCGCGAACGCCCGAGAGCGCCCGGCAGAGCCCGCAGCGAGGAGGUAUCCAAGUACGGCGAUCCCUGGUUCGAGGCCGAGUCAGCGGAGUUGCGCGAAUACGUCACCACGGUGUGAUCGUAGCUUCCGGGGGAUCGUCGCCGGCGGUACCACACACCACCGGGUACUCGAACGUUCGGUUAUCGCAUCACGUAAUCACACCGCGGCAACUCUCGCGGCGUCGCGCGACAUGCGUGAUGAACUCGUCGCGGUGAUCGUUGCUGCACAGGCUUCUCGCCACAGGAGAGAUUAUUUUCUAAUGUCCAUUAUCCGCGGUUUUAUAAAGUUACCGGACGCGCGAGGAAUAGCAAAAGAAGCAAAAGAAGAAACGGCGAUCGGCGACCGGCUGUGUCGAGACACAGAGAAACUAGUCGACAGGGGACAGGCGUCCCGCGCGCGGAAUCGAAACGCGGUCGAUUUCCACGUAAGGGCCUCACGAAGAGUACACAUACACAUAGGCACACACACACACACACACACACACACACUUUCGGAAUCAUCUAAGAGACGGCUGAGUGCAAAAGAGCGAAAUCAUUCACAGCGAAAUCGUGCGAGUGGAUGCGAACAGAUUCUAACACUCGAUCGUCCGCUGAGAGGCGCCGAAAACUUCGUUGGCCUAUACGAAGACUACGAUGGAAAAUGGCAAAAACGACAAAGAGAAAAAAACUAACAAGCUACAUCACUCUGAACAUUUGGCAUUCGACGAUCAUGAGAAAGGAAGAGGAAAGGAAAGAGAGAGGAAGAAAAGGACAAAGAAAGAAAGAAAGAGAGCGGAGAGAGAGAGAGAGAGAGGGGGGAGGGGGGGGAGAAAAGGAGAAGGAGAGAAUAGGAAAGGACAAGACAAAUACAAGCAAACGAGUUUAAAAGAACGAACGAAAAUCGAGGCGAGGGGUCAAGGACUGAUUAUUAUUUAUAAAUAGCGUAAUAUAUACGCGUGCGUUUUGUUGCCGUUGCGGGGAUGAGAAACAUAGGUAUUCCUCCUCAGGUCAUGGCAUAUGAAUAUUCUCAGCUCAACACGGAAUGUAAUGUAAUCGCGGCCAAACGCGACCGGUGUGCACGACUCGACCGGCGGAAUCAUGGCGAGGCGACGGCAGCGGCGGCGAGGGCGGCGACAGCGGCGGAGAGAAGCCGACGCUUCUCGUUGCCCAAGUGCGCGAUGACGCGAAACGACGACGGUUCAUGUAGCACGUUAAUCGACAGCUCUAACGUAAACAGUACAUAACACUAAGGAUUAAAGUACCGACUUUAGCGAUAAUAAAAAUAAGAAUAAAAUAAUA